UUUAAAUGAAACGACAAGUGCGUGAAAACUACGCUGAAUAAUAUCAAAAGGGUGAAGGAGGGUGUUGUUGGUACAGGGGAAUUAAUCUGAAGUGGGAAAAUGGCGGGCGGUGGAAAGGUUUCCUUCAAAGUCACACUGACGUCCGAUCCAAAGCUACCAUUCAAAGUGUUUAGCGUUCCUGAGGCUGCACCUUUUACUGCAGUUCUCAAAUUUGCCGCGGAAGAAUUCAAAGUCCCGCCCCAGACCAGCGCUAUCAUCACCAACGAUGGUGUUGGCAUAAAUCCCCAGCAGAGCGCAGGCAAUGUCUUCCUUAAGCAUGGUUCAGAAUUGCGUUUGAUUCCGCGUGAUAGGGUGGGUGCCUGAUGUUAAGGGGUGUCUGAGAUUUAUCCUUCUCGCUAAAUACAUGAACUGUUGUAGCUUCAUAACAAUCAAUAAAUACAGUUGUUACUGAUUUCUAUAACUUGAGAUCAAAGGUGUCUUCAUGAAGUUUUUUCUUUUUUAUGUAAUGAUAUAAAUUUUGGGGAAAUGAUGUUAUCUUCUAUAGUUA